GGCACCGGGCCCCCGAGCGGAGCGACAGGCAUCGGCAUCGGGCCCCCAGGCGGGGCGGCGGGCGCCGGGCCCCCAGGAGGGGCGACAGGCAUCGGGCCCCCAGGCGGAGCGACGGGCAUCGGGCCCCCAGGCAGGGCGACGGGCGCCGAGCCCCCAGGUGGAGCGGCGGGCGCCGGGCCCUCAGGCGGGAUGGCAGGCACCAGGCCCCCAGGAGGGGCGGCAGGCACCGGGCCCCCAGGAGGAGCAGCGGGCGCUGGGCCCCCAGGAGGGACGGCAGGCACCGGGUCAUCAAGCACGGCAACGGGCAUCGGGUCACCAGGCAUCAGGUCAUUUGGCUCGCCAGCGGGCACCGCGUCAUCUGGCAAGGCAGUGGGCACCGAGUCACCAGGCACGACAGUGGGUUCCGAGUCAACUGGCAUGACCACGGGCACUGGGUCAGACAUUGGAUCGUCUGGCUCGACAGCGGGCAUCGGGUCACCAGGCAUCAGGCAUCAGGCUGAAUGGAGGCAUCAGGCUGAAUGGAGGCAUCAGGCUGGGUAAAGGCAUCAGACUGGGUAGAAGCAUCAGGCUGAAUGGAGGCAUC